CCUAAAAUAAGCGAACAAUUGUUUUGCCUUUUAACUCCAAAAGAGAAACUUUAUUGAAAGUCUAUUUCACGCCUUCACUAUAUCCUGCUCCGAUCCACAGCCGCGCAGCCGCACUGCCGCACCACUGCACCGCCACAACGCUGCACCUCCGACCGUCGCUCCACCACUGCUCUAUCCGUCGCUUAUAAUUUGGGGAAAUUGAUUUGGGAGCCAAACAACAAUGGAUUGGGGAAGCGUAACAGCGGAGGAUCUGAUGGACGCUUUGAGAGAAGUUGAUUGGUCGUCUCCACCCCGACCAUUUUCUGAAUUUUUUUCCAGAUUUACCCUUCCUCGCUCUUAUGCCAAAUGGAACAGCCGCCUCAAAUGCAAUCUUUACUACUAUCGUACAAACUACUUUAUCAUGGUUAUCUUCAUUCUUGGCCUGGGUUUUCUCAGGAGACCGCUUGCAAUUUUUGCUGCUGCCUUAACAGCACUCACCAUUGCUUUCCUGAAUGACAGCUUUGCUGGUACGUUUAGUGAGAAGGUAACAAGGAAUGUGAGGCGGUUUUCUCCACACAUGGCUGCAAAAAUGAGGCCUCCACUUACGCCUGUCAUCCGAGGACGUCCUUCAGCCAAGAGGGCAAUAUAUAUUUGUGGACGGCCUCGUUGGGUGUUUGUGUUGAUUUUCUCUUCGGUGAGUUUUUUUCUUUGGUUUGCUUCUUGUGGUCUUCUCACUGUUCUAUGGGCAUUUGCAAUUGGACUUCUCGCCACUCUCCUUCAUGCAAGCUUUAGGACUCCGAACUUGAAAGCACGCUUAAAUACAUUCCGAGAAGAAUUUCGCGCAGUUUGGCGAAACUAUAGUGAGCUGUAGUUUUUCAAGCUGUACAUAAUGUUCACAGCAUUGAUUGAGAGGCUGACCUUUGUCUUAAAAGUUGACAUCCAGCGGUGGCCGCAACAAAUAUCUCAGUUUGCUGGAAACUGAAGGUCGUAAUACAUCUUUAAAAGCCUUCGGCAGAUAACUUGUGGGAUUGUAAAUUUUCAUUUCUGUCAUUUUUUUGUUAAAGCACAAGCAAUGUUGUAUAAGCAUGCACGGUUUAGUGGUUUAUACUUAACUAGUACUUCGUAUGCUUUAUGUCUGCGUAACUCAAAUUGGGUUAUACAUUAUUUUAUACAUUGCCCCUGCCUCCUGAUGCUCUUUCCCAAAGGAAAGAAAAGGUGAAAUUCCUUAGUAUCUUUAACUUUAUACUUGUAUAAUUGUAGUUAAUCUAGUAAGAUUCUAGGUUAUAUUCCAGAUUAUAAAAUAAAAAUUGAUGGCA